UAUCGACAUUUUGCAUAGCAUAGCACCCUCCUGCUGUAAAUUUAAUUGUAAAUUGAAAGAAAACAGAGCAGCAGAACAAGAUGACUGGCAUCAUGGACUCGGUGGAAAUGCCCAAAUUGCCGGAAAACCAAAAGACCUUUGCCGGCAUACCGGAGGCAGUAUUCCUGGAGGAGAUCGAUACGUUCAUGACCCAGCCCGAGAACGAAAACUGCGAGAAGGUGCUGCAGCGUCUGGACGAGCAGCACGGCAAGUACCGUUUUAUGGCGUACAACCUCGAGGCGCGUCGCCGGAAGCUGAAAUCGCAGAUUCCCGACCUGGAGCGCUCUCUGGAGAUGGUCAAUGUGUUGCGAAAGGAGGAUGAGGAGCGCGAAACACAAUUCCUGCUUAGUGACCAGGUGUUCAUCAAGACCCUGGUGCCGCCCACAAAAACAGUCUACCUCUGGCUCGGAGCCAGCGUGAUGCUGGAGUACCCGCUGGACGAGGCCGAAACCUUGCUCAAGCAAAACGUUACAUCAGCCGUGGGCAAUCUCAAGUCGGUGGAGCAUGACCAGGACUUUUUACGCGAUCAAAUAACCACAACAGAGGUGAACAUGGCGCGAGUGUACAACUGGGGCGUCAAAAAAAGGCAGGCCGCAGCCAAGACCACCGCUAGCAGUACGCCAUCCUAAGCUCCAGCACCAUUAAGAUCCCCAGUACACUGUGGCUAUCCAUCUACGCGUCUCCCACUUCCACUAUUUAUGUCGAAACUUCACCAAAAAACCAAAAGGUCAAUCCUCUGCAUUGCGAUCCUUGCCUGCAAGGAGCCACCAGUCACCAGCGAUCGGGAGCAAUGCUGAUUGCAGUGCAGUCUCGCCUGCUUUAUUCAUGUUCUCCACAGACGAUUAUAAUAAAUCCGCCACACAACGCAUCGAGUUAUCCAGACACUAA